AGGAAUACGUAAAGAUAUGUCACAUGCCCCCCCCCCAGCACUGUUCAUUGUACUGCAGCCCACGCAUUAAAAAAUGACGCUCGGCUACACACGUGAUCAAACCUUUAACGGGAUUUUAGUUGCGAGCCGGCUGUCGCGAGGACGCCGUCGUUGUCAGCGUAGUCAAAGGCAACUUUUAAAUUACGGAAUUAAAUGAUAAAUGAGCAUUAAGAAAAUCCUGUUGGGUUCCGUACGUUCGCUGCGUCAAUCGUUCAUCGGUCUUUCCUUUCCUUUUCCGAACCUACUAGCAGAGAUUAGCCCAUCAGUGAAUUAGCCAUACCUCAUUUAACAAAAACAUUCAACUGCAUAAAUAAAGAAGAAAAACAUGGGCAGAGAGUUUAUGACAAGCACUCAGAGUAAGUGUACAUUAAUAAAAAUUACCUACAAUUUACGUUCGUUCCCCUUACAAGGAGUCAGGACAUUGUGUUACCACCACUCACCAUUAUUACAUGGGGAAAAUAUUUCCUAAGACCAAUAAUCAGAAAUAAUAGCCGGUUUUUAAUGCCCUGGACCACAUUUCUGUUAAGGUAGUCACACAACUACCGACAUUUCCAGCACCAAAUCAAUCCGUUAUAGGCAAAGCCAUACAUGCGCUUUUAACGUCCGCAAAGAAUAUUUUGUUUAAAAUUGAUGAGAAGUUCCAGUUGAGAAACCUUACAAAUCAAUUUCAGGCGGACUUUUCACGUGCAAUGAAACUUUACUGAAUGUGCACACAGGCAUGACAAAGGGGUUUUACACGUAUUUUUAUUGCUGUUGUCCAAAUUUUUUUCUUUCUAAGAGUUGAACCUGUUGUACAAUUAGUCAAACGAAAUGAGGCUUGAAGAGCAGCAUCAGACCGCAAAUGUGCUUGUAACUACCUCCUUCUAGACCAAACUGGUUUAAGUUACAGGGGCGGCGUUUAUUACUCUUAAUGCUCUUCUCUGGCCAGCUUCUACUUUAGUAAGGAGGUUAGUGCACUUCUGGUGCAGCUGCAAAAGUCAUCAUCAUGUCAGGGAAUAUGGGACAACCAAGCAGCUAGUCAUUCCAACUAAUAAGAAACGACUUUAGCGGUGUCACAGGAAAUUUGAACCGCUUUCAUCAGGAAGUAUCUACCUUUUCCAGGGAUAACGUGCAGCACCAAUGCGCCCCCUGGUGAACCACUGAGGUACUGCAGCGUUUGUAAUCCACUCUACACUGGUGCGUGGAUCCCUAACAGCCGAGGAGGUUUGUCACUCACUGUUGCUACUCUGCAUCGGCCGGAUGGCCUCUAUGGUGUCCGUGAAGAUCGAGAAGCGGCCUGCUCCCGAUGAUGUCAUGAGCUUAAAUCCCAAAAAACCAAGGAAACUGCUUCCUAGUCUGAAGACCAAACGGGCUCCUGAGCUGGUCCUGGUCAUCGGGACUGGGGUUAGCUCCGCCGUGGCCCCCCAAGUCCCCGCACUUCGUUCCUGGAAAGGUCUUAUCCAGGCCCUACUGGACGCCGCCAACGACUUCGACCUCCUGGAGGAGGAGGAGAGCCGGCGUUUCCAGAAGAGCCUGCAGGAGGACAAGAACCUGGUUCACGUGGCCCAUGACCUCAUCCAGAAGCUGUCCCCGCGCACUGGCAACGUCCGCUCCACUUUCUUCAAGGACUGCCUGUACGAGGUGUUCGAUGAUCUGGAGUGCAAGAUGGAGAAUGCCGGGAAGCACCUGCUGCGUUCGGUGUUGCAGCUAAUGGAGAGCGGUGCUUUGGUGCUCACCACCAACUUCGACAACCUGCUAGAGAUCUACGCCGCCCACCAGGGCACCAAGCUGGAAUCGUUGGACCUCACGGACGAGAAGAAGGUGCUGGAAUGGGCCCAGGAGAAGAGGAGGCUGAGCGUCCUGCACAUCCAUGGCGUUUACACCAACCCCUGCGGCAUCGUGCUGCACCCAGCCGGCUACCAGAACGUUCUGAGGAACACGGAAGUCAUGAGAGAGAUCCAGAAGCUGUACGAGACCAAGUCUUUUGUGUUCCUGGGCUGCGGGCGGACGGUGGACGACACCACGUUCCAGGCCCUCUUCCUGGAGGCGGUGAAGCACAAGUCAGACCUGGAGCACUUCAUGUUGGUGCGACGUGAAGAUGUGGGAGAGUUCAAGAAGCUACGUGACAACAUGCUGGAUAAGGGCAUCAAGGUCAUCUCCUAUGGAAACGAGUAUGCUGACCUGCCCGAGUACUUUGAGCGGCUGGCCAACGAGAUCUGCACACGUGACGUGGUUGCCAACAGCUGGGGAUCGACAAAUCAAGACAACGAAGAAAAUCAGAAUGGGGUAAAGAACGGCCUCAUCCAAAAUUGUCCGUCGUGACCUGAACAUAACCACAGACCCACCUAAAGCAGGCUGAGCUCUGCUGUACAAUUUGGCCUCCUGCCCAGAUGUGACUUAACAGGAACCAAACAGGCCAAAAUGGGAGAGAGAAAAAAGAGAGAAUCAUAGUUACUACCUAGUCAUCUGCCCACUGUGUCCAUCACCCAAUGACAAACCGUGAAAAAGCUGAAAAACUGCAGUGCUAUGGAUAUGCAUCCAGAAUUCCCACGCCGUGGGCGACCUCCGAACCAGGAUGACCGGAAAAGUAACGGAGCGGAUGGAGAAGCUUGGACAAGACGAGUGAAGUCUGAGGUGGAAACAUUGUGAAGGGAUCACGGGAGUCAUCAGCUGGGAUUCGCCUGGAUCUCUGGACUACGGAAGUCCCAUCAAACCCAGCCCCAAAGCCAUGCCACUUCCUUCAGACUUAAGUGCUGUACUCUAUCUAUUCAGCAACUGCCACGUGUCUUAAAAUAUGACAAAAUCAGUCUCAUUCUCUUCAGUUAGAAGCCUCACGUAUUUUAACCAGUAUACAUUAGAAGAUAAUUCAUAGGCAAAAUCAAUCUCGCACAAAUCUCGCUUUGAUGAUCAUACAAAAUAUCACCAGAAUUAACCAAGGCAAACUCUAUGCGUGUGUAUAUAGUAUAAGUAUAUAUUUGAACCAUUUUUUGUGCAAUUCUACAAUGAAAAUUACUCGUUACUCGUAAGCUUUGUGGUUAUAUUUUGUCUUGUGAUGUUUUUGCACUUGGUGUAACAGUCAUUUCAAUAAACCUUGCAUGUUUUUUUUUUUUAAUUACCCAUAAAAGGCUAUGAUGAACCAAAA